AUGAAUUGUCCAUCCCGAACCGACGACACCCUGCUGCACGACGAGUGGAACCAAAACCCACCGCAGCUUGCACCGGACCUGACAACUCGCCAAGACCUAAUCGGAAUCUCGAAUGCUCGUGUGAAGAGAGACGAUGAGAAGGGCUCCGCUUUGCUGGAGGGUACCCUGGAUUUGGCCUAUGCACCUUCUGUAGGGAAACAAGGUGUCGGCGAUCGCCUUGACCUGGUAGACGAGGCGUCCCUGACACAGUCAGGACGCCUCGUCACUGGGAAGGACCCGAGUCCAAUUAUCUCAAACUCCCAGAAUUUAAAUCAAAACAACAACCACUUCUUCUCGGCGCAGCGCAUCAAAGACUGGGCACUGUGGUUGCUCUCGGUAGUCUGUGUCUCGAUACUCAUUACUCGCAUCGGCUCUAGUGGACAUGCCGUCUCGCCACAGGCACUUCUCACAGAAGACCCUUCCGCUGAGGAGUACUUUACCAAGCCGGCCAAGAGAUCGCGAUGUGCCUCGGGCGGAGUCCGCGGUGAUACGUACGACUUGCGGCUGCACGUGGCCGCGCUCUUCAUCAUCCUCACCGUAUCAGGCUUUGCCUGCGCCUUUCCGAUCCUCGCAACCCGGUUCCCUCGACUGCAUGUCCCGCCCUCGUUCCUCUUCUUCGUCAGCCAUUUCGGAACUGGCGUCUUGAUCGCAACAGCUUUUGUCCAUCUUCUGCCGACCGCAUUCACCUCGCUCGGAGACCCAUGCCUCUCGGACUUCUGGACAAAGGACUACCCAGCAAUGCCUGGAGCCAUCGCACUGGGUGGUAUAUUCCUUGUGACGGUCAUUGAGAUGGUUUUCAGCCCGGCUCGACAUGUCUGUCGUGGUGGGAAUCGUAUUCCGCAGUCCAAUGCUGCCUCGUCUCAACCGGAAACUUCACCAAGACUGGAUGAUGUAGUGCGCUCUGCUAGCCCCAGGUCACCCACUUCUCCGGUGGGUUUAGAAGCCGGACAUCACUUGCGAGACAUGGGUCCUCUGAUCGGGAGAUCUGUAAGCAUCAGCCGGGCCAUCAAUCGCAUGGGCGAAGGAAACGAAGAGGUCGUGUAUCUGCUUGAAAUGGGCAUUCUCUUCCACAGCGUCUUCAUCGGGAUGUCACUCAGCGUGUCAGUUGGAAAUGAGUUUGUGGUCCUCUUGAUUGCCAUCGUAUUUCAUCAAACAUUCGAAGGGCUAGCCCUAGGCUCACGAAUCGCCGCACUACCCUGGGGAAAAGACCAGCUACAGCCAUGGAUAAUGUCCCUUGCUUACGGCUGCACUACUCCAAUCGGACAAGCCAUCGGUCUCGCCACUCACACCCUCUACAGCCCGGAUUCCGAGGUUGGAUUGCUCGUAGUCGGUGCCAUGAACGCCAUUUCUUCGGGGCUGCUGAUUUUCGCGUCCUUGGUCGAGCUCAUGUCGGAGGAUUUCCUUAGUGAUGAGAGCUGGCGUGUUCUUCGUGGAAAGAAAAGGGUUUACGCUUGUAUUUUGGUUUUUCUCGGUGCCUUUUGCAUGAGUAUUGUUGGUGCUUGGGCAUAG